AUGACCAAGGACUCAACCCCACAUGUCCUGCCCACCAAACCUAACUUGCAGCUGCGGUUGUCAUCGCCUACCUUACUUAUCCCAACUUCACAAUAUAAUGGCCGCCUUUCGCCGACGUUAGCUGCGGAUGCCACUACUGCCGUCACACUAGGUGUAGUCGACCAGGCUGAAUUGACCGGAGUUGAUACUGACAGAGAUGGCCUGACCGAAUUGACAGGCACUAAUGCCCUGGCUCUGAGUAGGAAUUCCAUCUCCAGCAAUUACCCUAGCUCGGUAGACGACGAGGCAAAUUUUGAGGACGAUACGCUUUCCAACAUGCUUCAUGGCUUGAUGGUCCAAGACCUCAGCCAAGCCAGGGACAGUGUUGCAUCGUUAAACAACUUUAAUAUCUUCUCAGACGAAUGUUCUAACUUCGACGAGGGAUUCAUUCGGGCCAAGCUUGUAUUCGAUAAGUCUGGAACCCUUAGUAACUUUCAGGGCAAACUCAAGCAAUUCUUCAUCUUAUCUACGGCGGGGAAGCCCAUCUACUCGAUGAAUGGUUCAGACGACGUCAUUUUGGGCUACAUGGGUCUUCUCACCACUAUCGUCAGCACAUUCCAGGAAAGCAUGAAGACCGAGUUUCAUCACAUCUCACAGGACGGGUUCCGUAUGGUUGUUAUGAAUAAGAGUCCACUUCUCUACGUUGCAAUGACUAAAGUUCCGCAAGAGCUUGUGCCCUCCACAGAUUCUUCUACGUCUUCGGCCAUCAUAGAAAACCAGUUGAAGAUCCUUCAUAAUUAUUUACUUGCGGUGCUCUCUAAGCCAGUCAUUGCUAAGAAUUUCGAGAAAAGGAUGAACUACGACCUCCGCAGAAUCUUGUCUGCCCAGGAUAUGCAUGUUCUCGACACUCUCAGCAUGUCUUUAACAUAUGGAUUCAGUAUGUCAGACGAGGACAAGUUUCAAUUGCAAGGCACACCAUAUAUCUGUUCCAUCCUAAAGAAUGCAUUGAGGUGCGCCAAAAUUACAAACACCUCUCGAACAAAGCUCGUUUCCAUCAUGACCCUGGCGAGAAAGUUAAAGGUAAAGGCUGACUCACCAGAUGCUCAAUCCAUACUCCUGGGAAGAUUGGCGGAGCCCGAAAAGGCCAAGUACGUUGCUGCGGACUUACUCUUCGGAUUACUAUUCCUUGAGGACAAAAUUAUCAACUACAUGAAGCCCCGCAACCAUGAUUUGUCUCACGAAGAUAUCCACACCCUCCUCUCUACCAUAUCUGCGUCGUAUAAAGCCAUUGACCAAGAAGAGUCCGCCGAUCUAUGGAUUCCACUUUGCAUGCCCAAUUUCAACAGUUCGGGCUUUCUCUAUUUAUUUGUUAAAAAAUUCAAAAUCAAGGGUUGCCCUAAGGCCAUUACAAUUUCAUUAUUGAGCAGCAAUAAGAAUAGCUUCUUUGAAAUGAAGGAAGUGGCAGAAUACGUCAUUUCCAAAAUCAUUACCAACGACCAAUUUAGCAAGAAGUUGGCCUCGGAACUUUCUUUGUCUGGAGACACAAAAGAUAUUUUCAAGCAGUUGAACAUCACUACAAUCAAACAUUUCAUCUAUAAGCGCAAAGGGUACAAUCAGAUCUACAUGGACGAGAUCUUCCCAACUUCGGAGAAUUGUGAUAUGACUACACUUAAGGCACAUAGUCAUAUUCUUUAUUUCUAUUCGGCUUUGGCAUCGUCCAAGGCGACCAUUGUCAAGCAAGGUAGCCUGAAUCCAAAGAAGCUCAGCUACACACGCUGGCAACUGAACGAAGAUUGGGUCACCGCAUUUAUGUUGGCCGACGAAAAGUUUGAAUUUUACUGUCUCUGCGGCGGGCUGGUCCAAGCACAAGAGAUCAUCAGUCAAAGUCUCCGACUUAUUCGAUGGUGCGAGAGAUACAAAAAGAGACUAUUUGUGGGCAAGGGAGUAACUUUUUAA